UCCCCUGCCCAGGGCCUCCCCAUAUUUAUACGUUCUGCUGACCUGUGGAAAAAAGACUUCCCCUCGGAGCAGAUGCCUCAUCUCGUGUCUCACGCCAAAUGCGGAAAAUGGCGACAGACAAAGAAAGGCGGAGAGGCAGCAGAGGGACGGAAUCGUUCCACGAAAGACGGGCUUGCCGUGAAGGUCCCGGGGAAGAUGUCCUAGCCGAAGAUGUCCUAGCCGAUGAUGUCAGUGAAAAGACCGUUUUCAGUCGGCUGCGGGGUAUCGUGUGUUGAACGUGUGGAGUGGCAGCGACAACGACAACACUCUGCGGUAUGGCUUUGGACAUGUUUUAGCAGCGAC